AUGCAGAACAAACAGGUGAGAUUGUUGGAUGAGAAUAUUCCAGGUAAAAGUGUUGUGGAGAAAGUCUUUGAAAAUGCUUUGAGUGCAAAAUUCAAAGGCAAAGUCAUGUUUGAGACAACACCAAGAAAGGAACCUGGUGAGUCAAGGGAGAAAGAAAAGAGAGAUCAUAAACACAACAAGUCUCAGCUUAGGAAGAACAAGUUUCAGAUUUGUUCACACAAGCAAGGAACAGUAGCACAAACUACUGUUGUAGUUGAGUAUAUGGCAGCUGCUAUAGUUGCAAAGCAAGCCACAUGGAUGAGGAAAGUACCCCUCCACUUUGGAAUGCCUCAGACAAAACCAACUGAGCUAGGCAGAGUUAGGAGCUUAUAUACUUUACUCAGAACGAGUGUUUUAAACAAUAUGUUGCAACAACAGUCAUCUCAUCAAAACGGUUUGAUUCCACCACAAUUAAUGCCACAGCUGCAGUCGCACCAACAGAGUCUUCGACAUCUUGUUCAGCCAUCGUUUGGCCUUUUGUCAGGGAUACGGUCGCAACUAUUUAAUCCUCAUCUUUCCCCAUCUUCUCCUCUAAUGAACAAGUUUGAAGCUAUGCUUGGUCUUGGUGAUCUGAGAGAUCAAAGACCGAACUCAGCUCAAAGAAGCAGGCAGAAUCCACGAUUUUCUCAGCAGGGCUUUGAUAGCAGUGGACUCAAGAGUGAUAUUGGAUGGCCUCAGUUUAGAUCCAAAUACAUGUCUACUGAUGAGAUUGAGGGCAUUCUUAGAAUGCAGCUCGCUGCGACUCACAGUAACGACCCUUACGUGGAUGAUUAUUACCACCAGGCUUGUCUUGCUAGAAACUAUGCUGGGGCGAAGUUGAGACAUCAUUUUUGCCCAACUCAUCUUAGGGAUCUUCCUCCCCGAGCACGUGCUAAUACCGAGCCACAUGCGUUUCUCCAGGUUGAUGCUCUUGGAAGGGUUCCUUUCUCUUCGAUUCGCAGGCCUCGCCCUCUUCUUGAAGUUGACCCUCCAAAUUCAUCUGCUGUCAGCAACAAUGAACAGAAAGUUUCUGAUAUGCCCCUGGAACAGGAACCAAUGCUUGUUGCUAAAGUUACAAUCGAGGAUGGUCUAUGCCUUCUUCUUGAUGUAGAUGAUAUUGACCGGUUUUUACAGUUUAAUCAGUUGCAGGAUGGUGGAGCACAGCUCAGACAAAGACGACAGGUUUUGUUGGAAGGCCUGGCUGCAUCACUUCAAUUGGUUGAUCCACAUGGCAAGAAUGGUCACACAGAUGAGCUUGCUCAUAAGGACGAUUUUGUAUUUUUACGGAUAGUUUCCCUUCCCAAAGGCCGGAAGCUGCUGGCAAGGUACCUUCAGCUUCUUUUUCCUAGUGGUGAGCUUAUGCAAGUUGUCUGCAUGGCCAUAUGCCAUCAUUUAAGGUUCUUGUUUGGAGGCCUUCCCUCUGAUCCAGGAGCAGCAGAAACUACAAAUAACCUUGCAAUGGUUGUUUCCUCCUGUGUUCAUGGCAUGGAUCUUCGUGCACUUAGUGUCUGUCUUGCAGCUGUGGUUUGUUCCUCAGAGCAGCCCCCUCUUCGUCCGGUUGGAAGUCCUGCUGGAGAUGGGGCAUCUCUAAUUCUGAAGUCUGUCCUUGAUAGGGCAACGAAACUCAUGAUUGAUUUUAGAGCUGCUGACAAUUAUAAUAUGACCAAUCAGUCCCUUUGGAAGGCCUCAUUUGAUGAAUUCUUUAACCUUCUUACCAAGUAUUGUGUAAACAAAUAUGAUACUGUGAUGCAGUCCUUGCGUAUGCAGGUCAAACCAAAUAUGGCAAUUGGUAAGUCAGAUGCUACCAGGGCUUUUAAAAGGGAAAUGCCGGUUGAUCUUUUACAUGCAUGUUUACCCCACAUUAAUGCUCAGCAGAAAAAGCUGAUAUGGGAUCUCUCUCAGCGGUCUAUGCUUGUAGAAUAGUCAUGAAGAACUGGUACUUAGGAAAAGUUUA